UGUUUACGCGCACGCGCAUUCCUUGCGGGGGAGAAAUUGCGUGAGCCCUACCUCGAGGCGCCGGAGGCCACCACAACGCAGGCGCAUUCAGCUGCGGACCACCCCCUCCCCCCGCACUCCUGCCUCGCCACUUCCCGUCCUCGCCCGGCAGGCCUUCGCUUUGCGCACGCGCCGUGUGAGGUAACGGCCCAGAGAGGUAGAGACACUUUUCCCGCCCGGCCGCGGGGCGUGGCUCUGCGCGCAGCUUGAUGACGAAGUUUCGGCGCCGUGGCGGAAUGGCGGCUUCUACCUCUGAGGCGGGCGACGCUAUGGGUCCCACAGUGGCUUGCUAAGAAGCCCGUUUUCAACUCUCCACUGGAGGCUGCUAUGGCGUUCCCUCACCUCCAGCAGCCCAGCUUUCUACUGGCUAGCCUGAAAGCUGACUCUAUAAAUAAGCCCUUUGCACAGCAAUGCCAAGACUUGGUUAAAGUCAUUGAGGAUUUUCCAGCAAAGGAGCUGCACACCAUCUUCCCAUGGCUGGUAGAGAGCAUUUUUGGCAGCCUAGAUGGUGUCCUCAUUGGCUGGAACCUCCGCUGCUUACAAGGGCGUGUGAAUCCUGUGGAGUACAGCAUCGUGAUGGAAUUUCUUGACCCUGGUGGCCCGAUGAUGAAGUUGGUUUAUAAGCUUCAAGCUGAAGACUAUAAGUUUGACUUUCCUGUCUCCUACCUGCCCGGUCCUGUGAAGGCGUCCAUCCAGGAGUGCAUCCUCCCUGACAGUCCCCUGUACCACAACAAGGUCCAGUUCACCCCUACUGGGGGCCUUGGCCUGAACCUGGCCCUGAAUCCGUUCGAGUAUUACAUAUUCUUCUUUGCCCUGAGCCUCAUCACUCAAAAGCCACUCCCUGUGUCCCUCCACGUCCGUACUUCAGACUGUGCCUAUUUCAUCCUGGUGGACAGGUACCUGUCGUGGUUCCUGCCCACUGAAGGCAGUGUGCCCCCGCCACUCUCCUCCAGCCCAGGCGGGACCAGCCCCUCACCACCUCCCAGGACACCAGCCAUGCCCUUUGCUUCCUAUGGCCUCCACCACACUAGCCUCCUGAAGCGACACAUCUCUCAUCAGACGUCUGUGAAUGCAGACCCCGCCUCCCACGAGAUCUGGAGGUCAGAAACUCUGCUCCAGGUUUUUGUUGAAAUGUGGCUUCAUCACUAUUCCUUGGAGAUGUAUCAAAAAAUGCAGUCCCCUCACGCCAAGGAGUCGUUCACGCCUACUGAGGAGCAUGUGUUGGUGGUGCGCCUGCUGCUGAAGCACUUGCACGCUUUUGCCAACAGCCUGAAGCCAGAGCAGGCUUCGCCGUCCGCCCACUCCCACGCCACCAGUCCCCUGGAGGAGUUCAAACGGGCCGCUGUCCCGAGGUUCGUCCAGCAGAAACUCUACCUCUUCCUGCAGCAUUGCUUUGGCCACUGGCCCCUGGACGCAUCGUUCAGAGCUGUCCUAGAGAUGUGGCUGAGCUACCUGCAGCCAUGGCGGUAUGCACCUGACAAGCAGGCUCCGGGCAGCGACUCCCAGCCCCGGUGUGUGUCGGAGAAAUGGGCGCCCUUUGUCCAGGAGAACCUACUGAUGUACACCAAGUUGUUUGUGGGCUUCCUGAACCGCGCACUCCGCACAGACCUGGUCAGCCCCAAGCACGCGCUCAUGGUGUUCCGAGUGGCCAAAGUCUUUGCCCAGCCCAACCUGGCUGAGAUGAUUCAGAAAGGUGAGCAGCUAUUCCUGGAGCCAGAGCUGGUCAUCUCCCACCGCCAGCACCGACUCUUCACGGCCCCCACAUUCACUGGGAGCUUCCUGUCACCCUGGCCACCAGCAGUCACUGAUGCCUCCUUCAAGGUGAAGAACCACGUCUACAGCCUGGAGGGCCAGGACUGCAAGUACACCCCGAUGUUUGGGCCCGAAGCCCGCACCCUGGUCUUACGCCUUGCUCAGCUCAUCACACAGGCCAAACACACAGCCAAGUCCAUCUCAGACCAGUGUGCGGAGAGCCCGGCUGGCCACUCCUUCCUCUCAUGGCUGGGCUUUAGCUCCAUGGACACCAACGGCUCCUACCCAGCCAACGAUCUAGACGAGAUGGGGCAAGACAGCGUCCGGAAGACAGAUGAAUAUCUGGAGAAGGCCCUGGAGUACCUGCGCCAGAUAUUCCGGCUCAGCGAAGCACAGCUCAGGCAGUUCACGCUCGCCUUGGGCACCACCCAGGAUGAGAAUGGAAAAAAGCAGCUUCCCGACUGCAUUGUGGGUGAGGACGGACUCAUCCUCACGCCCCUGGGGCGGUACCAGAUCAUCAAUGGGCUGCGAAGGUUUGAAAUUGAGUACCAGGGGGACCCAGAGCUGCAGCCCAUCCGCAGCUAUGAGAUCGCCAGCUUGGUCCGCACGCUCUUCAGGCUGUCGUCUGCCAUCAACCGCAGAUUUGCAGGACAGAUGGCGGCUCUGUGUUCCCGGGAUGACUUCCUCGGCAGCUUCUGUCGCUACCACCUCACAGAACCCGGGCUGGCUAGCAGGCACCUGCUGAGCCCCGUGGUGCGGAGGCAGGUGGCUGGCUACACCCGUGGCCCCAGGCUCAGCCUGCGCUUCCUGGGCAGUUACCGGACGCUGGUCUCGCUGCUGCUGGCCUUCUUGGUGGCCUCUCUGUUCUGCGUCGGGCCCCUCCCAUGCACGCUGCUGCUCACCCUGGGCUAUGUCCUCUACGCCUCUGCCAUGACCCUGCUGACCGAGCGGGGGAAGCUGCACCAGCCCUGAGGGUGUCAGCUGCCUUCAGAGCAGGCUGGGGGGAUUUGCCACACAGCCCCACCUUGGGCCUGAGAGGACCUGGGAAGCCCCUCCAGGAGGGACCACGGUCAUCCUCGGGCUUCUGGAGCAGGGUUCCUGCAGCCGCAGAGGCAUCUGGAGGAAACGCAACCAAGAAGGGAAGGCAGGGGAGGCCGAGACGGGCGGAUCACGAGGUCAGGAGAUCAAGACCAUCCUGGCUAACACGGUGAAACCCCGUCUCUACUAAAAAAUACAAAAAACUAGCCGGGCGAGGUGGCGGGCGCCUGUAGUCCCAGCUACUCGGGAGGCUGAGGCAGGAGAAUGGCGGGAGGAGAAUGGCGGGAACCCGGGAGGCGGAGCUUGCAGUGAGCUGAGAUCCGGCCACAGCACUUCAGCCUGGGCCACAGAGCGAGACUCCGUCUCAAAAAAAAAAAAAAAGGGAAGGCAGGCGGGGCCCGGCAAAGGAGUGGCUACCAGGCCUCAACAACCACGUUCUGUGACAGCGCAGAGCUCGGCGCCGGCCCCUCCCUCCCUCCGCCAAGGACUCCGCCCAGCCAGCUCUUGGGGCCUUUUUCCAGCGCCCAUUUGGGUACUCUGCCGCUAAGCUUGGGAGCCAGCCUGCCAACAGCCGCCUGGCCUGGCCUCCCGACUGGCUGGCCUUGAGGUGGGCAGAGCGGGUUGUGGCACCUCCUCUCCCUGUGUGGGACCAGGACGGUGGCUCAGCCUCCACUCCAGGGAAGAAUCAAAGUUUCUAGAGUCGUGAGAAAACUAUUGAGAGUGGCUCUCCUCUGAUUCUUCACUGUGAGGGGCAUUCUUCAUGUUCUCCCAGCUGUUCCAAGACUGGGCCAUAGAAUUCCAUGUUUCAGGAGCCUAAGACCCUCCCAGAGCCCAGGUGCUUCACCACAGACCCCAAGCCGUCAAGCACAUUGCCCAGAGCAGUGGCCAACAUCAUGGACCCCUGUGCCUUGUCACAGAUGGGUGCUGGUCCUCAGGUGUUGCAGACACUGCUGGGUCCAUGGGGUCGGAUUCUGCCAGUUUCUGCACUGCAGCCAAAGAUGGUCAGAAGCAUUGUCGCUUCACUAGCAUCAAGUGCUCAAAGACAUGGCAGCCGUUUGGUGGUACUUAAGUAUUCAAAAUGACGACAACUGCAGAUUCUCUGACAGAAACCAGCACGGGGUCUUCACCUUCCUUCACCCCACAGGUGACACACCAGGGACAACAGCAUCUCAGUGGUGAUUUCCAAACCAAGCCUUUGUUUUUGGUGUGGCAGUUUGGGGGUUUGCUUUAAUGUUUUUCAAAUUGUAAAUGUUGGGCUUUGUAUUUUGAUGUAAACUGAGAAUAAUGGCAUUUUAGGGCCUGUGACCAAAAAUCAAGCUUGUAACUCGACCAUGGAUCUCAAUAAACCUGUCCUUGCUUCUGA